GGCUUCCGCCACAUCAUGGCAUCACUUCCGGCGGCGCCAACUUCCCCUUCCGUCCGCCUCGUUGCCGGCAGCUGCCGUUGCCGCCGUUGCCGCCAAACCCGGGAAACGCGCGCGCGCUGGGGCCGCUUCCGGAAAUCCCGAUCCCAGGGCGGAAGCCGCCCCGCUCCGCAGCCUCCGGACGCUGCACCGAUCCCGCAUGGCCGCGCGGACCCGAUGAGGAUGGAGACCCGGGACUCCGCCGGCCACGGCUCGGGGUUCAAGGCCUUUCCCCUGCCGCCCCGGGCCGGGCUGAGGGACGUGCUCUGCCCGCCCGACACCAAGUUUUUACCAAAUAAGACCGGCAGCUUUGCUUGCCCAGCUGGAAAUGCCUCAUGCGCUCUCAAUUUCAGCCAAGAAGUCCCGUGCCCUGAGACCUACCGGACAGCAGGAGAGACACAGGGGUUUGGGUGCAGCACCAACGGGCAGUGGAGGGGUUUGGUGCCCACCCCAAGUGCUGCGCUGCCGAAGCUGAGGCUGAGCCGUGGCUCUUACCUGGAGGCUCGCAAAAACCCCAGUGGGACCUCCAAUAGUUUUGUAGGAAAAUCCAACCACCAUUGCCAUGGGUCAGCAUUUCCAAUCAAACCUGCCCAGAGCCCCUCCUGGAGCGGGCCGUGCCGCCGCAGCCUGCUCAGCCCAAAGAAAACUCCGCGGCGGUUCAUCAGCACUGCGGAGGAGACUGUUCGAGAGGAGGAGCGAGAGAUCUACAGGCAGUUGCUUCAGAUGGUCACAGGAAAGCAGUUUUCCACGUCCAAGCCCUCUUCGCUCUUCCCCUUCCAUCUGUCCAGGUGCUCAAAUUCCAGCAAAACCAUACUGAAAGAAACUCCCAGCAAGAACUCAAAGCUGUUUGAAGCUCACAGCAUUGCACCAGCCAGCUCAGCAACCAGCAUUCUCGGGGCACAGGAGCAGCCAUCGCACAAACCACCGCUCUACUCCAUGCCCAGCUAUCCCUCCCAUAUCUUUGAGUCCCGUAACUCCACAGCCCAGCAUCAGCAAGAAAAUCUACCAGCAUCCAACACUCAGUCUGAAGGAUCAGACUCGGUCAUUUUGCUCAAAGUAAAGGAUUCCAGAACCCCAGCUCCAAGCCUCCCAUUCUUCCAGGCAGAACUAUGGAUCAAGGAAUUGACCAGUGUCUACGACUCGCGAGCUCGGGAGAGGUGGCGGCAGAUUGAGGAGCAGAAAGCUCUGGCCUUACAGCUGCAGAGCCAGCGAUUGCAGGAGCAGGAGCACUCGGUGCAGGACCUGGUGGAUUUGAACCUUCGUGUGCCUCUCGAGAAGGAAAUCCCUGUCACGGUGGUCCCAGAAGAGAAAGAUGGUGCCAAGUCAGCUGAUGGUGAAGAGGAGUUCCCUGAAAUCACAGAGGAAAUGGAAAAGGAAAUAAAGAAUGUAUUCCGAGGAGGAAAUCAGGAUGAGGUCCUCAGUGAAGCCUUUCGGUUAACGAUCACCCGGAAAGACAUCCAGACCCUCAAUAAUCUGAACUGGCUCAAUGAUGAGAUAAUUAAUUUCUAUAUGAAUUUGCUGAUGGAGCGGAGCAAAGAAAAGGGUUUACCAACAGUUCAUGCGUUCAAUACUUUCUUCUUCACCAAAUUGAAAACAGCGGGGUACCAAGCUGUGAAAAGAUGGACUAAAAAAGUGGAUAUCUUCUCAGUGGACCUCCUUUUGGUGCCUAUUCAUCUGGGAGUGCAUUGGUGCCUAGCAGUUGUCGAUUUCAGGAAAAAGACCAUCACCUACUAUGACUCCAUGGGUGGAAUAAACAGCGAAGCCUGCAGGAUACUGUUGCAGUACUUAAAACAAGAAAGCCUUGAUAAGAAAAGGAAAGAAUUUGACACCAAUGGGUGGUCGUUGCUGAGUAAGAAGAGCCAGGAGAUCCCACAGCAGAUGAACGGCAGCGACUGUGGGAUGUUUGCCUGCAAAUACGCCGACUGCAUUACCAAAGACAAACCCAUCAACUUCACUCAGGUAAUCCCCCCCAUCCUGACGUGUGCCACGUGCUUGGGGUACAUAUUUGCACAUCCAAGUGCCUUCUGCUCCCUUCUCCAUUGGUUUGAAGCCCUCAGUGGGGAUCAAACUGCUGUUCCUCGGAGCAGAGCUGACACAGGGUGCUGGGGCAGUUCUUCCUACCACGCCAAAUUCCUCAAGAGUCCUCCUCAUGUCUUCUAUUAAAACACACAGGCACGUCACCGACGUCAGCCCAUAAUGGGUCCCAGUCAUUGCUGUAAUGAAAGCGGGGCAUUGUAGCCUGAAUCCAAAGGAAUUUGGGAUUACCUGAUGUCAGCCCCCAUGGAGUAUCCCAUGCAAGAGUAUUUUGUUAUUAGGGGAAUGUCACUGAAGUGAUGUUCAUUCUAAAUUCUCAUUCCCUGCUUUGUUUUCAAUAACCUGAAAGUCUCACCCCCAACCCCCCCCCACCCCCCUCUAAGAAAAAGGCUUCCCCUACAAAAGCUGCCCCCAGGAGAUGCUGAGGAUGCG